UGAAACGAGCUGAUAAAUAUCUCCCAAAGCUGAGCUUACAUAAUAAUUUCCAAACGAAGCUUAGUGAGAGAGAUAAUGGCGAUGAGGGGAUACGCGUUGUUCUCGAUCCUUGCGUUGUCGCUGCUCGCUUCCUCCGUGAGAAGCGAGGAGACUGCGACGGAGACGACGAAGGAGUUCGUGUUGACCUUGGAUCACACUAACUUCACCGAUACCGUCAACAAGCACGAUUUCAUCGUCGUCGAGUUCUACGCCCCUUGGUGUGGACACUGCAAGCAGCUAGCUCCUGAGUACGAGAAGGCUGCGUCAGAGUUGAGCAGUCACGUGCCUCCGGUGGUACUCGCCAAGAUUGAUGCGAGCGAGGAGACCAACAGAGAGUUUGCGACUCAGUACGAGGUUCAGGGCUUCCCGACGAUCAAGAUCUUUAGAAACGGAGGGAAAGCUGUUCAGGAGUACAACGGGCCUCGUGAAGCUGACGGGAUUGUUACUUAUUUGAAGAAACAAAGCGGGCCUGCUUCGUUUGAGAUCAAGGCAGCUGAGGAUGCUUCUGAGUUUGACAAGAAGGUUAUUGUGGUUGGUGUUUUCCCUAAGCUAUCUGGCUCCGAGUUUGAUUCUUUCUUGGCUACUGCUGAGAAACUGCGCUCUGACUAUGAUUUUGCUCACACCUCUGAUGCCAAGCUUCUUCCUCGCGGAGAGUCUGUGACAGGACCGGUUGUCAGGCUAUUCAAACCAUUCGAUGAACUGUUUGUUGAUUCCAAGGAUUUUGAUGGAGAAGCUUUGGAGAAAUUUGUCAAAGAAUCAAGCAUUCCGCUUAUCACCGUCUUUGACAAGGAUCCAAACAACCACCCAUAUGUUAUCAAAUUCUUUGACAGUUCCAACACUAAGGCGAUGUUGUUCAUUAACUUUACCGGAGAAGGAGCUGAGUCUCUUAAAUCAAAGUACCGUGAAGUUGCUACAUCCUACAAAGGACAGGGUCUUAGCUUCCUUCUCGGUGAUGCUGAGAACAGCCAAGGCGCAUUCCAGUACUUUGGACUUGAAGAGAGCCAAGUUCCUCUCAUCAUCAUCCAGACUGUUGACGACAAGAAGUAUCUGAAAACAAACAUUGAGAUUGACCAGAUUGAAUCGUGGGUCAAGGACUUCAAGGAUGGAAAAGUUGCCCCACACAAAAAAUCUCAACCCAUCCCAACCGAAAACAACGAGCCUGUAAAGGUUGUUGUUGCUGAGAGCCUUGACGAGAUGGUCUUCAACUCUGGAAAGAACGUCUUGCUUGAAUUCUAUGCACCAUGGUGUGGACACUGCCAAAAGCUAGUUCCAAUCUUGGACGAAGUCGCUGUGUCAUACCAAAGCGACCCAAGUGUUGUCAUAGCCAAGCUUGACGCAACCGCAAACGACUUCCCAAAUGAUACCUUCGAUGUGAAGGGCUUCCCGACCAUUUACUUGAGAUCAGCGAGCGGAAACAUUGUGCUUUACGAUGGAGACAGGACAAAGGAAGACAUCAUAAGCUUCAUCGACAAGAACAAGGACACAGCUGGAGAGCCUAAGAAGGAGGAAACGACAACUGAGGCCGUUAAGGACGAGCUCUGAAAAGGAGAAGUGUGUUGUGUCUCUUAGCUGCUAGCCUAGUUUGGUAGUUUUGAGGAAAAUACACAUUAGAGAGAGAGAGAGAAGGUGUCUGUGUCUAUUCGUUAGAGUUUUUACGUGCACUCUGCUAAAACAAUAAUGGCUUUGCCUCUUUUCUUUUGUUUUUUUGGUCAAUUUUUCCUUUUUGAACUCAGUUCUCUUUUAAUGUUAUGAGUAGUUUGUGGCAAGUCUUGGGACCGAGUUUCUAAGAACCCCUUUGGUUCUUUCAGUCAUAGCUUCUUGAUUCUGCUUUA